UAAAACGGUAAACAAAGACAAUGUAGAAAAGGUAUAAUCGUAAUUUCAAAUGUCAAAUUUUGGGCCGCUGUUUCAUCGCAAUUCUUUAGUUCCCAAAAUCAAUUCAGACGCCAAAGCAAUUCGACGAGGAAUCGCGGCGCGAACAUCAGGAACCUGGCAUUAUCUUCUGGAAUUUGGGAGUAGCGAGGCUGCUUUGAAUGUGUUCGCAGCAAUUUUGAUAAUCAGUUGGAGAAUUGAACUGGAGUGACGAUCGAUGGCGAGUACUGCGUGUUUUAUGAUAGUUAGCAAGAACGAUAUUCCGAUUUAUGAAGCCGAGGUUGGUACUGUCCCGAAGAAAGAGGAUGCUGCUCAUCAACACCAGUUCAUAUUACAUGCUGCUUUAGACAUUGUUCAGGAUGUGGCCUGGACAACAAGUGCUAUGUUUCUUAAAGCGGUAGACAGAUUCAAUGAUUUGGUGGUAUCAGUAUAUGUGACUGCUGGUCAUACUCGAUUGAUGCUGCUUCAUGAUUCUCGCAAUGAUGAUGGAAUAAAGAGCUUCUUCCAAGAGGUUCAUGAGCUAUACAUCAAGACACUUCUCAAUCCUCUUUACCUUCCGGGGAGUCGUAUCACCUCAUCCCAUUUUGAUACAAAAGUUCGAGCCCUUGCUAGGAAAUAUCUAUGAAGCUAUUUCUUUGCCGACGAUAGCCAUAUGGGAAGCUGCUUUCAGGUGCUUUUCUGUUUUAACAUUGAUUUAUACUAUACUGAACAGUCUUAUUUCAAUUCUGUAAUGUUUGAGCUCUAUCUACACCCUAUAUAAUUUCAUUACCAGUUCGUUCA